GUUUCAAAAACUCUAAUCUUGGUUGGAUCUUGAUUCUCCCGUGCAUAUGCGUGUAACUAUGCAAAAACAUGCAUAAGAACUAGGGCCAAAAAUUUCUGUUGGUGUAACCCCAAUACGUUAGUUGACCAAGAACAUUAUUUGCAAUUCUUGGGUGGCCAAGUGAAUUUUGGUGUGAACUGUGUGUUCGAUGAUCCAAAUUCAUGGGUUGAUGCCAAUGUUGCACACACGCCGAUUCAUUUUCUUCGUCACCACUGUUUUCUAACCAAAUCCAACCUCAAAAUUUGCUUCUUCUUCACAAAUUCAUCUCCCGCUCUCCAACUCCAUGGCUGAUCGUGCUGAUCCUUCGCCUCUCGUUGCACCUUCUCUCCUCACUCAACCCACCGAGAUCGACUUAGAAGCCGGUCCUGGGGAACAAAUUCAGUGCCGAAUUUGUCUUGAAACUGAUGGCAGAGAUUUUAUUGCACCUUGCAAAUGCAGAGGGACAUCAAAGUAUGUUCAUCGGGAGUGCCUUGAUCACUGGCGUGCUGUGAGGGAAGGUUUUGCAUUUGCUCAUUGCACGACAUGCAAGGCUCCCUAUCACUUGAGAGUUCAUGUUCUUGCUGAUAGGAAGUGGAGAACCAUGAAGUUCCGUUUCUUUGUGACCAGGGACAUUUUGUUUAUCUUUCUCUCUGUACAGCUUGUGAUUUCUUUAUUGGCAUAUUUGGUGUAUCUAGUUGAUGGAUAUCAUAAGUUUUGGCUUCGUCUUGCUUGGGGUUUCGAUAGCGUAACCAGCUUCUACUACAUAUGUGGUGCACUAUUAUUUUUUGCGCUACUUGGCCUAUCUGGAUGCUUUAUAACUUGUUAUGAUCGGAGAGUCCGUAAUGAUCUUGCUCAGCCUUGUCGAGAAUUGUGUCUUUGUUGUUGUCAACCCGGUGUUUGUGCAGACUGCCAUUUACCUGGUACUCUUUGUAUGUGGACCGACUGUACAACUUGUUUUGAAAGUUGUGCGAGUGCAGCUGGUGAAUGUGGUUGUUUAGGAGGUGCAGGUGAAGCUGGCUUACCGUUAAUAUUCAUAAUGGCUUUAGUCGUGCUUGGACUGUUUACUGUCAUCGGCAUAUUCUACAGUGUGCUUGUGGCUACAAUGGUUGGACAAAGAAUAUGGCAGCGACACUAUCACAUAUUAGCAAAAAGAAUGCUAACUAAAGAAUACGUGGUGGAGGAUGUUGACGGUGAGAUAACUGGAUCUGAUUGGUCACCGCCACCUCUGCCCCCCGAGCACGUUCAGCAGCUCAAGACGCUUGGCCUCCUAUGACUUAACAAUAACAGGGUGUGAUAUGAAUAUCUUGCCUGCCAUUUCUAGCCAUCAGACCUUUUAUUGAUAAACUGGAUUAGCAUUGCUCAAAAACAUGUAAUGUGUUCAUCUUCUUAUUCUCAUUUCCUUCCUAAAUGUAACGUACAACUCCUGAUGCAUCACGUACAUGUCAUUAUAGCGUUAUUGGGUCGUGAUUGAUUGUUCGUAUAGAGUAUAACUAUUUCAAAUAGAGUUCAAUUGUUGUAG